AUGGCUCAGAUGCAGGACGAGGCGCGGGCGGGGGCGCCCCUGAGGGCGGAAGGCCGGCCGGACGCGGAGGUCAGGCUCAUUCUGUACCACUGGACGCACUCCUUCAGUUCUCAAAAGGUGCGCUUGGUAAUUGCUGAAAAGGCAUUGACGUGCGAGGAACAUGAUGUAAGUCUGCCCCUGAGUGAGCACAAUGAGCCUUGGUUUAUGCGUUUGAACUCAACUGGAGAAGUGCCUGUCCUUAUCCACGGGGAAAACAUAAUUUGUGAGGCCACUCAGAUCAUUGAUUAUCUUGAGCAGACGUUCGUGGAUGAAAGGACACCCAGGCUAAUGCCUGAUAAAGGAAGCAUGUAUUACCCACGGGUGCAGCAUUACAGAGAGCUUCUCGACUCCUUGCCGAUGGAUGCUUACACACAUGGCUGCAUUUUGCAUCCUGAGCUCACUGUGGAUUCCAUGAUCCCAGCAUAUGCAACCACAAGGAUUCGCAGCCAGAUUGGUAACACAGAGUCUGAACUGAAGAAACUUGCCGAGGAAAACCCUGACUUACAAGAGGCAUACAUUGCCAAACAGAAGCGACUGAAGUCAAAGCUGCUUGAUCAUGACAAUGUCAAAUACUUGAAGAAAAUUCUUGAUGAGCUGGAGAAGGUCUUGGAUCAGGUGGAAACUGAGUUACAAAGACGGAACGAAGAAACUCCAGAAGAGGGCCACCAACCUUGGCUCUGUGGAGAAUCUUUUACCCUGGCAGACGUCUCACUGGCUGUCACAUUGCAUCGACUGAAGUUCUUGGGGUUUGCAAGGAGAAACUGGGGAAAUGGAAAGAGACCGAACUUGGAAACCUAUUAUGAGCGUGUCUUGAAGAGAAAAACAUUUAACAAGGUUUUAGGCCAUGUCAACAAUAUAUUAAUCUCUGCAGUGCUGCCAACAGCAUUCCGGGUGGCCAAGAAAAGGGCCCCAAAAGUUCUUGGCAGCACCCUUGUGGUUGGUUUGCUUGUAGGAAUGGGAUAUUUUGCAUUUAUGCUUUUCAGAAGGAGACUUGGCAGCAUGUUUUUAGUGCUUAGACCCAGACCAAGUUAUUUCUAGGUUUGUUGGGCUCUGUAGUAGCAAGUCAUCCAACCAUUCCUCUAGACCCUCAUUCACUCUUCCAGACCCAGUGAAGACUUAUCCUGGACACCUAGUAGAAAGCAUACUUUACAAUGUUUAUUGGGGAAUUCAUGUGGGGAAAGGAGCUAAUGAUACAGGUUUUUUGUAGAGGAUGUGGCUUACUUCUAAUCCAUCCCUAAAGCAAGCGUGUGGAAGGUCGAGAUAUGUGACUGCUGACAGGUGGGGAGCAGACCUUUGACAGAGUUUGGCA